AUGAAAGAAAAUUAACAUCUUUUUUCGAAAUAUUAAUUAGAAUAUAUACAAAAAAUAGGGGAAGGUGCUUUUGGGAAAGUAUAUAAAGCAUUUGAUUAAACUACAAAAAAAGUGGUUGCUGUCAAAGUAAUUAAUAUAUAUUUAUAUAUAAAGAUUCUAAAUACAGAUGAAGAAUAGGAACUACUCUCAUCUUUGAAUCAUAAAAAUAUUGUCAAACAUAUGAGAGGGUAAUAAUUAUAGUUCUAAUUACAUAGAUCAACUUAAUUACUUGUGAUGGAAUAUAUGGAAGGAGGAUCAUUAAAAAAUUAUAUGAUUUAAAAUCCAAAUUUGAAUGAAGAACAAUGUAUAUAAAUAAUGAAAUCUAUUCUUGCUGGUUUAAGUUAUUUGCAUUAGCAUAAUGUCAUUCAUCGUGAUAUCAAACCUGGUUAUUAUUUCAUAUAUAUAUCUCUUUAGAUAAUAUCCUAUUAACCAAAGAUCUUGUACCAAAGAUAGCUGAUUUUGGUCUCAGUAUCUAAUUUGAUAACUUUGAUUUCUCUACAUGUAAGUGUGGCACUUAUCUAUAUAUGGCUCCUGAAAUCUUAUUAAACAAACUCUAUUCUAAAGUAUAUAUCAUAUUUAGCUUAGCCAGUUGACGUUUGGGCUACUGGCAUUAUUAUGUAUUAAUUACUCUAAGGAAUUCAUCCUUUCUAUAAAUAAGAAUCAAAUAAAUAACAAUAUCUUUAAAACAUCCUAGAAAAACCUUUAUAUUUUAAAAAACAAAUUUCUCCCCAGGCCAAAGAUUUACUUAUUCGACUAUUAAAAUUAGAUAUUACUGAUCGUUAUACGGCUAGUCAAGCUUUAUAGCAUCCUUGGCUUACUAAAUAAAAUAGUAUGCCUUUAAGUCUUUUUGAAUAAUUUAAGUUAUUUGAUUGCAAAAACAAAUUUAUUAAUGUAAUUGAAAUCAUCACAUUUAGAUCAUUAAAUUGUUGAUUUUUAUUCAACAAUUAAAGAUUCCCAAAUUUUCAUAUGCAUAUAUUUUAGGUUAACAAGGUUUUCAUAUCAAAUAAGUUCAAUAUAUUAUUGGAUAGAUAUAAUCUCCUCUUAAAAUUGAAUCUCCAACUAUUUCAAGUUCAAAAACUCUCAAGAAAUUAGGUAAAAUAGAUUAUUCAGAAGAGAAUACACCAUUAAGUCUUCAAAAUUCUACAUUCUAUUAAAAAAAUAAAAAAUUGCAAGUAAUUACAAAGAUCAUAAAUAGAAAUUAUCAAAUUUUUAUGAAUAAGCUUAUAAAUCUAAUGAAAACUCACUUGCAUAAUUAAGUCCUUAGAAACCUAAAAGAAGUAAUAUGAAUUUUUCACAAGCUUCUAGAGAAUAUGCAGAGAUUAUGUUAGGGUAUUCUGCAAUAAAAGAAAAACGAAAGCCUUCAUAAAUAAAAUUGGAACCUUUAGAUAGAAGAGCAAAAAGAACAUCUUCUGUAAUAGUAAUUUCAAAUUAAUAAUGA